UCUUAAAGUCACUAUAACCUCCUUGCAUCAUGGAUCAGUUGGGUCAGCUCCCUCCUGGCUUUGAUCGGUCCGAUCCGUUUGGGCAGAAAAAGACAACUCUCUUCGCCGGAACCUUUCGGCCGCAACGCAGCAAAUCUGCGAAAUUGGUUGCAGAGGCAUCCUUGCGCACACCGAAUGGCCUUUCGCCCAAGGAUGGUGGCAACAGAAGUCGACCAGACACAAGUCGUCCUGUCACUGGAAGUGAUGGUGCCGAUGCGGGGCUCGAUGACAUGUGGGAUGCUUUGUCCAUUUUCUCCUUGAGGGACCAUGUCAGCAGUCUUCUUCAGCAGCCCCUACCAACGAGAGGCGAAGGCAUCAAGGACUAUGCCAAAGAGAGCAGCAUAGGGCCUCUGCCUGUACCACCGCCACAUUUGAGCAAGACGCCUUCAGAGGUUCAUGGAAACUACGUCUAUAGCCAGCAGCUAGAAGCGGGCAUCAGGGGCGCGCAGGCCUCUGAACUCUGGCGAGGUUUCCAAAAGAAUGACCAGACAGAGUUCAAUGAAGCAAGGGUGCACAUGGGGCACAUCAUGCGCAAGUGACCGCCAUGGGGCGACUGCGUGUUGUUCCAUCGUGGAGUUUGCUAUCCGAGUACAGGUCUUGUUCAUGCUUGCCAG